AUGCAAUAUGAUUUCUACUCGUACGUUAUUGUGAAAUUGCACUCAGUAGCUUCUGGAACUCCACUGGUUAAGGGAAAUCAGCCAUUCUACGAUCAAGAUGAGACAAACAAUUUGAAUGGUGGAAUACUGAUAGAGUUGUGGACAAAAGGCAUUCUCUGGGACACUUUAUUAGGCGCAAGAUACUUACCACUCUCAUCUGUCCAAUAUGAGCCAAAACCUGGAAAUUUUGUAUGGUUACAGCUGGAUGCUACAAAGGUUGAACAGAAUGGCGAGGUGAUUGGUACCAGCGGAGUUUCACCACACAGCCUCCUGGCGGACAUUCGCUUUGAAAACCUCGACCUGCAAGGUAAUGAGGGCAAAGAAUUUCAAGCUAAACUUCAUGCAAUAAAUGCAUGUGGAGAACUUCCUGACCAUUCCCAAUACAAUGAAGUUCUUGAGUGGCGAGCACCGUUUACGCAUGCAGGUAUCUCGGAAGAUUCAGACUAUACUUCAGACGUCUCGUUCCCCGUUCAUCAUCAGGCAAAUUCGUCUGUCCGUCAAUGGGAAUCUCACUUACAACAUCAUCGUUACUCAAAGCCGCAAGAACAAAUGCAGGAAGAGUUUGAAGCGUCCCGACGAGGCGAAAGCUCUGAAGAGGAAAGUAAUUACCAUGGAAAAAACGAAACGUUUCAUGAUGGCGAUGAAAAGAGCAAAUAUUCUUACGCUUAUAAAGAGGAAGGACAGCUUUUGGAUGAUUACCAGAGUAGCAGUGACAACCAACGGGUAAACAAUCAGUUUGAUGAAGAUUCCGAUGCGCACAAAUACAACUAUCACGAGGAUGAUGCUGUGGAAGCAAGCGAACGCGAGGACGACUUCAACCAUUACGAUUAUCAUAACAACUUAGUUUUCGAGACGGAACAGCAGGCUUAUGCAAGCGAUGAAUCCGGGCAGCACGGGUACAACGAAAGCGAUUAUAACUACGGAAACCACAAUGAUAAUCAACCAUGCACUUCCUCUGCUAGUGGUUGCGCUACAAGCGCUGGAGAAAGUCCAUCAGAACGACCAGAUUCGUCAAGAAGUUGGCGGCGAUAUUCUAGGAGAUCAUUGAAAAGAGCGGAUACUUUUGAAGAACCCAGCUGCGAAACGUCGUGCGAGGUAGUGGAUGCCUGUUACCGUCUUGAAUUGUUAAAGUUAAAAUCAUUUUUGACCUUUAGUUUAUUGUUCAGUCCCGUGGUAGUCCUUUAUUGCAAAGAUAUUCAUAUUCCAAAGUACUUUGAGCGAGACGAAAUUGAUCGUAUAUCAGAGGAAGGCGAGGAACCGCUAAGUUACAAUAGCAGACCUCCAAGAAGAGACAGUGUUGAUCGCUCUCGAUCUACGUCACCAGAUCGUAUUUCGUCAAAUUUGGCUUUCAAUGAGAACGAAAUUGAAAGUCCAAAACUUGUGGAGGUUGAAAUACAUGGGUAA